CAGGGUUGGGUCUGUUAUAAAUAAAUGCAGCUGGGAAACGUGCACAGAAAACAGGGAAGAAACGACGUUACGCUUUUCAUUACAAACAAGUAGGGACACUGGAAUAUCAUGCGGUUCAUCUUCUUCAUCGUCCUGCUGGGCUUCAUCUGUCUCACAUCGGCUCAAGAUGAAGACUGCUGUGAGCUGUUCGUCUAUAGAGUUAGAAUGUCCAUACAGGAAAGAGUGACCAGCUACAGAAUACAGGAGUUUGCUAAACCACACUGUUACCAUGCUGUUGUCUUCAAAUGGGAUCUUGGAGAGUUUUGCAGUGACCCCAGACUACAAUGGGUCCAAGAUCUCAUGAAGAGGGUGGACGGUGGACUGUCAGAAGGGUCGUCUGUGAGGAGGGAUGUGCGCAGUGCAUCCAGGUUUAGGCGAUCUGAGCAGCCGCUUGAGGAGGAACAACAUCCUAAACCUGUCAGACAUUUAAUGCCUCAACAUAUAGGACCUACCAGGGCUAUCAGGGUAGGACCUAUCAGGCCAAAACCUGUCAGGCCUCCAACUAUCAGGCCAAAACCUGUCAAGCCUAAACCUAUCAGGCCAAAACCUGUCAAGCCUCAACCUAUCAGGCCAAAACCUGUCAAGCCAAUCAAACCCAGCCUUGUCAGGCCUUAAAAGGUUCCUGUUCCUGACUAUUGCUCCUCUAAUCAUCAAAACAGUUUUGUGGCUCAAAAGUCUAAACAAAAAAGUAUGCAAAUCUUUACAAAUAUAGACAUAAAAUUGAUUUUUGAUUUUUUUUACAUUAAAACAGCAAUAAAUGGCAGUUAAAUACUUUA